AUGGUUACCGUUAAAAGUGCAGGUACACAAAAUAACAAAAAUGAGAAAAAACAAAAUGAAACAUUGAAGCCAAAAAAAAAGUCAGCUCCGAGCUUUUUUUCCCGUAUGCUGUACUUCUGGACAUUCCCUCUAUUUUAUUAUGGAAAUCGACGUGACUUAGAAGAGGAAGACUUAGUGCCAACAAAAUUGAACUACAACUCAAAAAAUGUAGGCGAUAAAUUGGAGAGAAAUUGGCUUCAAGCAGAAGCUGAAGCGAAGGCUGCUGGGAAAAAAGCGUCAUUUGUAAAAGUACUAUUCAAAACUUUCGCGUGGUCAUUCAUUCCCGGAGGAAUCAUGCAAUUCUCAUAUAUUACAUUAAGAACUGGGUCACCUUUGCUAUUUUCUGGCUUACUUCAUUACUGGUCAAUUGAUUCGACAAUGACGAAACAGACAGCUUCGUUCUACGCAGGUGGUAUGGUACUGGCAAAUUUCUUGGCAGCCUUUUUUAAUCAUCAAGGAAAUUUUUAUUGUCAACAAUUUGGUAUGAAGUUGAGAAUUGCUACCAGCAGCUUAUUGUUCCGAAAGAUAAUGCGCAUGAAUAACGGGGCUUUAGGAGAGACGACGGCUGGAAAGAUUGUAAAUAUUCUGUCAAAUGAUUUACAACGUUUCGACAUGGCCUUUCUUUUCUUACAUUAUAUCUGGAUCAUCCCCAUACAAUUGACUGUAGUAUGUUACUUGGGAUACAUGCAGGCGGGAUACGCAGCUCUAAUCGGUCUCGCUGCAAUUAUGCUUAUUGCUUUACCCAUUCAAGGUAUGCUUGGGCAGCUCCUUGGGAAAAUCAGGUCCCGCACCGCAGACAAGACUGACGAGCGAAUCAAAGUAAUGAGUGAAGUAAUUAAUGGGAUACAGGUAAUUAAAAUGUAUGCCUGGGAGAUUCCAUUCCAAAAAGUUGUUGGACAAAAACGUAAAGAAGAAUUAAAAGAAGUCAAAUCAGCUACAAUUGUGAGGACAGUUUUUAUUGGCUUUAUGAUCUUCACGGAAAGAGCUGCUAUGUUCAUUACCAUCUUAACAUAUAUUUUAUUUGGAAACGUCCUUAGCGCCAACAUUAUCUAUCCACUACAGCAGUUUAUAAAUGCAGCACAAAUUAAUAUAACAUUGAUUUUGCCGUUGGUGCUUUCCUUCACGGCGGAACUGGUUGUAUCAUUGAGGAGAGUUCAAGAGUUUUUGGCCUUUGAGGACAGGCCCGACUUGAUAGCGAUAACAGCUCUACCAGAAUCGAACGUGUUCCGCAAUAUCGUAGGCAGCUUCAAAAAACCUAAGAAAGAAUCUAUUCACUCACUAUCCUAUUGCAAGACAAGUGAUACUUCUUUUGCAAAUGAAAUUAAUGGUUCAGUAGGCAGGAAAUUUCGUAGAAGUCUGUCUCAAUCAAAUGAUACAGCGGUAGAGAUCCGAGACGUGUCCGCCAGCUGGACCGGAGACCCAGAGUUUUUAGCUCUGAAAAACAUUUCAGUGCGCAUCCGGAAAGGGAAAUUAUGCGCCAUCAUUGGCGCCGUUGGAUCUGGCAAGUCGUCCAUACUGCAACUUCUACUGAAAGAAUUACCGGCGAGUAGUGGCACCGUGUCGGUGUAUGGCGAUGUGUCCUACGCGUGCCAAGAGGCGUGGCUUUUCCCUAGUACUGUUAGGGAAAACAUACUGUUUGGACUUCCUUAUGAUGCAGAAAAAUAUAAGAAGGUAUGUCGGGUGUGCGCUUUAGAAAAGGACUUCAAGCAGUUUCCGUACAGCGACCAAACGCUAGUGGGAGAAAGAGGGGUCUCCCUCUCGGGAGGGCAACGCGCGAGAAUCAAUUUGGCAAGAGCCGUCUAUAGAGAAGCCGAUAUUUAUUUGCUAGACGAUCCUUUGUCAGCCGUGGACGCAAACGUGGGCCGACAGCUGUUCGAAGGCUGCAUCAGUACAUAUCUUCGUGGAAAAACCCGGAUUCUGGUCACACAUCAGAUUCAUUUUCUCAAGGCUGCUGAUUUUAUUAUUGUCUUAAACGAGGGAGGCAUUGAGAAUAUGGGAACAUUCGAUGAGCUUGUUUCAUCAGGAAAGGAAUUCGCCCAAUUAUUGUCUGCAAUACAAGAAGGAAAAGACAAAGAUAGCGACAGCAUCGGUUCAGGAAGAUCGGAAAAUAAAGAAAAGCUCGUUUUACUAAAAGCCAUAUCUGUCACUGAAUCAGAGGAUACUCCAGAUUUUGAGGCACAAAAAAUGGCUGCUGAAGAGAAACAAUCGGGAAGUUUGCGUUGGGAAGUUAUUUAUGGAUACUUUACAGCUGGAGGAAGCUUGUUUUUUUUAUUGUUCAAUAUUAGUAUGAUUCUUUUAACGACUGCGAGUGCAUCUAGUGCGGAUUAUUGGGUUAGCUACUGGUCUAACCAAAUGGCAUUAUAUGAAGAGGAAAUUGGUUCAGGAAAUAUGGAUCCAAGUCUCGAUAAACAAGUCGGGCUGUUUACUACGGGCCAGUACAUUAUGAUACACGGAGCAAUCGUGGCAGUAAUCAUUCUCAUGACGCACCUGCGAGUAAUACCAUUUGCCAAUCUCUGCGUGAAUGCGUCACAAAAACUUCAUGAUUCAAUGUUCUCUACCAUGAUUAAAGGUAUCAUGAGGUUUUUUGACACCAGUUCUUCAGGUCGUAUUCUAAAUCGUUUCACAAAGGACAUGGGAGCUUUAGAUGAAACAUUGCCGAGAUCUUUACUCGACGUAUUUCAAAUUUAUGGUACUUUACUAUUCAUAUUAGUACUCAACGCAAUAGUGUUAUAUUGGACAUUAAUACCUUCUUUCGUGUUGAUGGUUUUCUUCUUCUUUUUCGUAAAGCUAUACUUAAGAACAGCUCAAGGAGUAAAAAGACUUGAAGGAACAACAAAAAGUCCUGUGUUCGGUAUGGUGACUUCUUCUCUGAAUGGAAUAGCGACGAUCCGGUCCGCUGGAGCACAACAAAGACUUGUCGAUGACUUUGAUAAUCACCAGGAUCUUCAUACAUGGGCGUGGAAUAGUUUUUUGGGCGGCGGCUGUGCUUUCGGCUUCUACUUAGAUACAAUGUGUCAAAUUUAUCUCACAUGUAUCAUCUUUGUAUUCUUAUAUAUUGAUUUCGGUGAUAUAAUACCAGUGGGCAGUGUUGGGCUUGCGGUGACGCAAAGUAACAUGUUGACGGCGAUGUUACAGCAUGGUGCACGUAUGUUAGUAGAAUUCCUGGCACAGCUUACUAGUGUAGAGCGUGUACUAGAAUACACCAAGAUCGAGACUGAGGCUAAUCUAUUUGAUGGACAAUUAGCUCUACCACCCUCUUGGCCUGAUCAAGGGCGAAUUACAUUCCAAAACGUUAACCUUAAAUAUGCAAUGGACGCAGAUCCAAUAUUGAAGAAUUUAAAUCUUAAUAUAGAAAGUGGAUGGAAGAUAGGAAUCGUUGGGAGAACGGGAGCUGGUAAAUCGUCUUUAAUCUCAGCAAUAUUCAGAUUUGCUUUCAUUGAAGGAAAAAUAUUGAUAGACGAUAUUGAUACGUCGCAAGUAUCUAAGCAGGAAUUAAGAUCAAAAAUCUCAAUUAUACCACAAGAACCAGUACUUUUCUCAGCAACAAUCAGAUACAAUUUAGAUCCUUUUAACAUUUAUAGCGACGAUGAACUGUGGAGAGCUUUAGAACAGGUUGACAUGAAAUCCGCUGUGCCUUCUUUAGACUUUAAAGUAACUGAAGGAGGAGCAAACUUCUCAGUCGGGCAAAGACAACUUAUGUGUCUGGCUCGAGCUGUUCUGAGGUCUAAUAAAAUUCUCAUAAUGGAUGAAGCCACUGCUAAUGUAGACCCUCAGACUGAUAGUUUCAUUCAACAAACUAUUCGUCGUCAAUUCGCCUCGUGUACGGUCUUGACAAUCGCUCAUCGUCUCAACACUAUUAUGGAUUCUGACAGAGUGUUAGUAAUGAGCGGCGGGGAAAUUGUUGAAUUCGAUCAUCCUUACAUCCUCCUCUCCGAUGAAAAUAGUCACUUCACGUCCAUGGUGAAAGAGACCGGCGAAACGAACAGUACAAAGUUAUUCGAAAUCUCAAGAGAUACAUAUUUUCAAAGUAACCUUAAGGAGAACGCAGAA